GAGGAAAACGUCUGAUUGAUGGACAGCCUUGAUAGGCACAGCUCGUUGAUAAUACAUGGUCUAGUCACCGCCUCAAGGCUCUGCGACACCGUACAAUAGCUAGCGAUGGACUGCGCUGAGCCUCACUCUCGGCUCUUCGAGCUUGAGAUCCUGUUCCAUUCCGACUUCUUUUCUGCACACAGCCGGGAUGACACGCAUCCCAUCAUAUGGAAUUGCUGUUCAAGACGGGUUCGGAUCUUUCUCGCAUUCUCUCAACGGCCUCUACUGUAUAAAUAGUCACCCAUCUCCCACAUGAUAUUUAUAAAUACGCCCACCAUGGCAAACUCGCCACCGACACACGAAUCGUAUCUCGUCAUUGGCGGUGGGACGGUCAUUGGACGCGCCAUCGUCUGGCAGCUUCUGCAACGCGGGGAGACGCAGAUCGCGGUGUUCGAUGGCCAGGAUCUUUCUCACCCGGAUAGCGUGAGAGAAUGGACGGAUCCGGAUGGUGGUUUGACGCGCGUGAGGAUCUACAUGGGCGAUUUGUCGAACGAGACCGAUGUAGCUGGUGUUCUCGCUGCUACCCAGGCGACGUGCAUAUUCACGACGGCCUUCCUCAAGCCCCUCGGAUCUUAUGAUGAUCCACGUACGUUUGCGCGUAAGAUCUGCGUCGAUGGAACUCGCACGAUCCUCCGCGCCAUCAAAGCUGGUUCUGGGAUAUCACGCAGACUGGUUUUUCUCAGCAACGCCGGGAUAUUCUUCGACGGUACGGAGCGCACGGUAUUGAGUGAGAAGGAUGCAAGAUAUCAGGAUCCUGCGACGCAGGCGGAUUCGACGUUAGGUUUUCUUACUAUUGGUGAGAAGAUGGCACUCGAAGCGAACGAUUCGGGGGCGGAUGGACUGCGGACUGCGGCCAUACGGCCUGCUGACAUGUACAAUCCUUCAGGAAAGCUGCGCCAGGCUAUCCAGGAGGGUCUUACUGCGGCCAAGCCCCAGUGGGUUACAGGCCCUGGCGUCCAAACCGACAAAACGUAUUUCAAGAACGUAUCGCAUGCCAUGCUGCUCGCGGCUGAUCGCCUCUCCCCGGCGCAUCCGAGGCAUGCAUCAGUCGCGGGUCGCGGAUUCUUCGUCUCGGAUGGAAAACCAACGCCUUAUGCAACAAUUGUCCCCGCUAUUGUCGCUAAGCUGCAAGAUGGUCGGGGGGCUCCUGACCCUGAAUAUGGGAAGCAAACGAUGCUCGCGUUCUCCCGCAUCAACGAUUUUGUGGCACCCUGGAGAGGGAAUAACCCCCCGCAUUUUAAUCAUCAGCGGAUGAAGUAUCUGCAGGCGACUCGGACGUACGACAUAUCUUUGGCAAGAGAUGUGUUGGAUUAUGCCCCUCUCAUCUCGGCAGAAGAGGGCUUACAGAAAAUCGCUCAGGUGAGUUGUUCACUCACUCAACCUGAAAUCAGAAGUUCAGUCCCAUCUCUCCUUGCAGUGGUACAUUGAUGACCAGCAAGUUAAACCGAAGGAUGUAUCCCCUGAUGUCGGGCGGGAUUUGGAUCUGGAAACUUUCACCGGGCACGACAUCAGAAUGCGGCGCACCACUCAGCGGCGAUACAAACAUUACCUCGACUGAUACUGUGCGAUCGCAUUCCCAGUUUCUUCAAUCGUAUUCAACUUUCGUGAAUGUAAAAGUAUGUUGUGGGCCUCAGGAAUGGCAUAUGACGGCUGUCUGGGCUGUGACUUACGACAGAUGACAGAUGUCGAACAAGAGUAUCAGCCGAGCUAUGAACUCGAUCAGCCACGCCUACAUUCCCAUAAGACUCUUGGCAUUUCUCAAUCCCAGGAGAGCCGUAGAGAAUCGGAGAGUUCCGGAGUGUCCAAGAUUCUGGGAAGGAAUUCGUGCGGUCAGCCAGAGGGUGUGAAAUAGGAAGCCCAGGUCGCUUGCGACGGCCAGUGCGACGGCCAAACUGCGCCCCCAGCCUUGAUGCUGAAGCCGGAGCUCGGAGUGUACGAGUAGAGCCUAGGCAUUCGGAGGGAGGUGACCGACGAGCGCCAGAAAGUAUCGAUUUCGUAUCGUCCGGGAGCUCAGAGGUCGGAUUGAAGGAGAAAGUUCGUAGAAGGGAUGUCGAGCACAGCACUCUGGAAAUAUCCAAGUAGACGGCACCAUCGGUGUUUGUUCGUCAGCCAAUGAACGGAUUCAUUCACAUCUCUCUGUACAAUUCACCUCGCUAGCCCCCAUCCAUCCAGCAGACCAGGAAGAUUUCCCCGCUUCACGAGCAGAUGUGCCGCCGGCAGCCAUGAUCCGUCUCGAGUCCCUCAAUGCAGGAGAAGGAGCUCACGCCAAGACAUAGGUCGUAGUCCUCAGGUCUGUCGGAUCGAAAAGUUGAUGCGUAUGUGCUCGCAUGUGACCAGGCUCGAAACACGCAACCUCUGUGCCCCUCCACUUUUCCAAUGCUCUCCCUCGGAAUCCAUGCUUGAACAUAUGGCUGGCUCUCGGAAGCUCGUAGAACCCAUCUACCUGUCAACACCCUUGAUCGAUCGUGCUUGGCGCGCGGAUAGUCGUGGCGUCAGCACCAAUCUGCCUGCCAUUGUGUCCUCCGCAUCCAGGUUGUUGUCCCCAGGGUCCGUGCAUUUACGUAGAGAUCCCUAGAGAUCCCUGUCGUCGAUCCCCUCGUUCAGGCUGUUCCGUAUAAGCCUGGAUGUGCUUGUAGUUGGACGCACAGAUAGAGUAAGCAAGACUGCGGCACACUCACCUUCCGAACACCUAGGUUUCCUAGUGAGAUGCCGUCUGGAGGUCCCCAGGCUGAUAUUCUCGGUGCCGGGUUUCCUCACACGCGUAGAGAUGGAGUGCAUUGAAAGAUACAGCAUGGAGGCUACACUCGAUCCCCAUUGAUGCCUCGAGAUGCGCCCAACGGUGUCCCUGCAUUUGCUGGCGUCUCCGGUCGAGCACGGGCGUCAGCUGCUGCUUGAUCCGUGGCCCGGCGCAAGCAUUCGUUGAGGCGCUGCCGGUGGCUUUCUGGUCCUCUCGUUGAGGAACGAUGCUGAAAAAGAGAAGCUGAAGGAUUGGGGACGAGUCCGUGGUCGAGUAGGUCACCCGCAGGACGUGCCGGAGACAUGAUGAUAGGAUUAGAG